AGGGACUUCUUCUGCGACUGCAGCAUUAUCGUGGAGGGGAGGAUCUUCAAAGCGCACAAGAACAUCCUGUUCGCCAACAGCGGCUACUUCCGAGCGCUCCUGAUCCACUACAUCCAGGACAGCGGGAGGCACAGCACCGCCUCGCUGGACAUCGUCACCUCCGAGGCCUUCUCCAUCAUCCUGGAUUUCCUUUACUCCGGGAAGCUGGAUCUCUGUGGGGAAAAUGUAAUCGAGGUGAUGUCUGCAGCCAGUUACCUGCAGAUGACCGACGUGGUCAACUUCUGCAAGACCUACAUCCGCUCCUCGCUGGAUAUCUGCAGGAAAAUAGAGAGGGAAGCGGCUUUCUAUCAGGCUGAUAGUGGGAGCACCGGCUCUGCCAGAGAGGGCACCUCGUUCGGCUCCAAGAGCCAGUGCUCUGCCUCCGUGUCUUCCCUGCAGGAGAAGGAAGGGAUUUCGGAUUGCCAGCAGGACCCUCCCUGCGGCGAGUGCAGCGGUUGCCAUCCCCUGGAGCUCGUGGUCCGAGACCCCGUCAGCAGCGACUCCCCGGACGAUGUCAACUCUUCACUGCCCAAAGGGGUGGAACCCAAAGUGGAGUUUGACUCGGAUGAGGUGGAGGUCGAGCAGAUGGAAGAGGGGCUGCACAGCGGGCAGGCCAUGGACUUGGCCUGCAAUAACUAUCACAUGAAACAGUUCCUCGAGGCCCUGUUGCGCAACAGCUCGGCUCAGAGAAAGGAGGACGUGGUCCAUCACUUUGUCCGGGGCUUUGAGGGUAGGCCAGAGGACGCAGGGGUGGCAGUGAGCUCCAUGAUGGACAUUCACAGCGACUGGUAUGGUGAGGACACAGGUGACGUGUUAGUGGUGCCCAUCAAGCUUCACAAGUGCCCGUUCUGCCCCUACACAGCGAAGCAGAAGGGAAUCCUGAAGCGGCACAUCCGCUCCCACACGGGUGAGCGGCCUUACCCCUGCGAGACCUGCGGGAAGCGCUUCACGCGCCAGGAGCACCUCCGGAGUCACGCCUUGAGUGUGCAUCGAUCAAACAAGCCAAUAAUCUGCAAAGGCUGCAGGAGAACCUUCACGAGCAGCCUGUCGCAAGGGUUGCGGCGCUUCGGCUUUUGCGGCUUGUGCGACAGCUGUACCUGUGUGACCACCACCCACGAGGACUCGAUGCCCAUCAACCUCAGCCUAAUGGAGCAGUCCUCAGAGGGCCAAGAGAAGGGUGAUGCUGAUAACGACUGGCCUAUAUAUGUGGAGUCUGGAGAGGAAAAUGAUCCGGCUGAUGAUGAGGAUGCUGAUGGUGAUGACAAGCAGGAGAUCCACAGGAGCUUGUCAGACCGAGAAACACUUAUGUAG